GGGCCCCGCGGCGGCGCGCGGCGCUCCCGCUUCCCGCCCCUUCACUGCGGCGGACACGGCACCGGCGGCACCGGCGGCGAGGUCCGGGCCGAUGGUGGGAGGCAGCCCCCGGCAGAGCCCGGCCGCACGCCAUGCCCUGGAGCGUCCGCUGGGUCGGCGGCUGCGGCGCCCAGUCCCAGAAGCAGUGCAAGAAAUCCUCCUUCGCCUUCUACCAGGCGGUGAGGGACCUGCUGCCCGUCUGGUUCCUGGAGGACAUGCGGACCAUGGAGGUCUUCCACUGGGAGGACGGGGGCAAGGUGAGCGUGUACUCGCCCUCCGAGGCGCUGCUCUACGCGCUGGUGCACGACCACCAGCCCUACGCCCGGCAUCUGCUCACUAAGUUCCCGCAGAGCGCCCUGGCCGUGCCCAGCCAAAGCUUCAGCUGCUGCCAGUCAGCCCCGCACCUGACCAUGGCCGUCCGCUACAACCGCGUGCGGGUGCUCUUCCGAAUCCUCAAGGCCAUCCAAGCCUUGCCCCCGAGUGACAGAGCCGGCCACCUGGACCGGCAGGGCUGCAGCCGCGUGGAGGGCGGCAAGACAGCCUUGCACAUGGCCUGCGAACUGGUGCGGCCCGAGUGCCUGCUCCUGCUGCUGGGACACGGCGCGUCACCCUGCCUGCAGGACAGUGCUGGGAACACCCCCCUCGACACCCUGCUGCAGCAGAUCUCCCACAUGCCGGCAGCUAACAUGCGUGCCAAGCUCCUCUGCCUCGACUGCCUCUUCUUCUUCGUGCCUCAGGACCUCAAGUUUGCAAUGAAGCAGCAACUGUUGGACAACCGGCAGCAGUGGCAGGACCUCCUGGGGGAGAACAGGUACCAGUGCCUGGUGGGCUUAGCUCCCCCRUCRCUGUUUGUCGGAGCCAUGCGUGUCUUGAUCAGGACCAUUUCGCCUGAGCACUUCCCAGAGGCUCUGGACAAUCUACCUUUGCCUCAUUUUCUAAAGCCUUUGGACUUGAAACUGGAGAGCUAGAAGGGUGGUAUGAGAGCCUCCCGCUCACCUGACGGAAAUAGACUUGUGCUAAAAAUGUAUCAAUAUAAAAAGCUGCUAAUGCGGUGGCCAAGUAUCUGUUUUAAUGAGAACAGUAUUUUUAAGAAUUGUAUCUGGCACUUUACGAUAUAUUUUAUUUAAAGAUCCUUGGGGUGAGGAGAGGGCCGUGCUGCAUUUUAUAAAGAUGUUCUAUGGCAUGUACAAAUGAGGGUAUGUGGAAGAACAUAUUUGUAAAUACUUCCAAAUAAACCAGUGGCAGAUGUGAUCAAAAUACAAAUCAAGCAGCUGAAAA